UGCCACCUGUUUGUGCCGGGCGUUGCCACCUGUUCAUUACUGUCCACAGCUGUUGCUGCUCUCAGUUUGUUUUUCUGUUCUUAUUGCUUGUGCCUCAAAUACUUUACCCGCAAGAAUUCGUGUGAAAUGAUACAUUACUAGCCGCGGCCAAAGAUUUCCCAACAUCGCAUGCUGCCGCUGUCCAGGGCGCUACCGUGCCGCAGGCGUUCCUCCUUGGAAUUCGGCGCACCUGACUCUUAAUUGAUUUGAACCACCUGUUGUUGUUGGUCGGGGCGCAGCAGCACUCCCACUCAUAAAGCCACAAAAUACUCACGCCACGUAGUCUUAGUCAGAAUGCUGCAACGCUUGCCAGCCAAAAUGUGGACGCUCUGCCUUCAGGCGGCUUUGAUGGCCACCUUGGCCCGGGGAUCGGUCUCCCUGCGCGAUAAUCUGGUCGGGCGAUCUCAGACUUCCUACAAUCCCAGCGAGCUGUCUGAAUCCAAGUUCCUGGAAUAUAGCAACCUCUCGGAUAAACUGCACUUGCGGGAGGCGCUGGGCAACAUCAUGAUACCGCGGGUUGUGGGAUCCGCAAACCACAGCAUAGUGCGGCAGUAUUUAGUCCAGAGUCUACGGGAUCUGAAGUGGGACGUGGAGGUGGAUAGCUUCCAUGACCAUGCGCCUAUAAUGGGAAAAUUACACUUCCACAACAUUAUCGCACGGUUAAACCCGAAAGCGGAACGAUUUCUGGUGCUCGCCUGUCACUACGACAGCAAGUAUAUGCCCGGAGUUGAGUUCCUAGGGGCUACCGACUCUGCGGUGCCCUGUGCCAUGCUCCUGAACCUGGCGUACGUGCUCCAGGACCAGCUGGACUCCCUUAAAGAGAGCAAGCUCAGCCUGAUGCUGUUGUUCUUCGAUGGCGAGGAGGCCUUCGAGGAAUGGGGACCCAAGGAUUCCAUUUAUGGCGCCCGACACCUGGCCAAGCGGUGGCAUCACGAAGGAAAACUGGACAGCAUAGAUAUGCUGGUCCUUUUGGAUCUCCUAGGAGCGCCCGAUCCCGCUUUCUAUAGCUUCUUCGAGAACACAGAGUCAUGGUAUAUGCGCCUGCAGUCCGUGGAGACGCGCCUGGCCAAGUUCGAGCUACUAGAGCGGUAUGCCAGCAGUGGGAUAGCGCAACGUGAUCCCACACGCUACUUCCAGUCCCAGGCCAUGCGCUCCUCCUUCAUCGAGGAUGACCACAUACCGUUCCUGCGCCGGAACGUGCCCGUUCUCCAUCUUAUUCCAGUGCCCUUUCCCAGUGUCUGGCAUACACCCGACGAUAACGAGAGCGUGAUUGAUUAUGCCGCAACGGACAACCUGGCGCUGAUUAUAAGGCUCUUCACUCUGGAGUAUCUCUUGGGCGCAAAGUAGAGUCCCCUCCGUGACACACAAAAAUGUUGUAUCUAAUUUACGGCCUUAUCGAAGAUGACCUGUCCGUUGAGACAUCGUUGAUAUCCGUUGUUGAAUGUAUACUUAUGUACCCACCGGUUGGAGGAGCCCCUUGUGGACCCAAUUAAUGUUACAAUUACUUAAGCAGAGCUGCAAUACUUACGCAUAAUCCAAAUAUUUUUAUACUUGUGUAUUUAUACUUAAUAGAAAAACCAAAAUUAAAAACAAAAGGCUUAGCUAAUGACACGUCAACUGUAUACAUACAUAUAUAUAUUUUUUUGUAAUCUUUCGGUUGUAAAUUACUUAGACUUAUGCGCAGUACAACAUAUACAAAUAGUAAAUAUACCUUAAAAAGAAUUUAUUUGUUAAAUUAAAUGCACUGGUGGCAAAAUUAA